UUGGAGUCGGUUCAUCUGCGUUAGGUCUGAUUUUGUUACGCGGAGAAGAAUACUUUACUUAGAACCUAAGAAUCUAGGAUCAUAUUUUGAAGCACUAGACUUGGUUGGAGAAGAUGCGCCAGUCGAAAAGAAUGCGGUCUCCGGACGGCUGGAUUCGGGAGUUGAGUUGGGAGGAGAGAGUCGGUUGCACAAAGCGUAGGAAGUACUCGCACAGCAGCGAACGAGAGAACAGAUCGCGGAAACAUCGCCAUCAUCACAGAAGCCAUGAAAGACAUUACCUGGAAAGCAGGAGUCUGAACGAGCGCUUGGAGGAGCGUCGAGGCCGUGAUGCGAGCGUGAAUCUGGGCUGCGAUGAGGACGGCAAGGGCCGAGACAGAGAUUGGCACCACUACAGCAAGUCGUCUGGUCGCAGCGGGCGCAGCGGACACAGCAGCCGUAGGCAUCGCUGCGGGAAGAGACGUACCCCCUCACGCCAUCGGUCAGACUCGAGGAGUCAUCGCAGGAAAAGAUCCAGGAGUUUUGAGGAUGAUGAGGAGGGCCACCUGAUCUAUCACAGUGGAGACAUGCUGAGAGCAAGAUAUGAGAUAGUGUGUACGCUUGGAGAAGGAGCCUUUGGGAAGGUGGUGGAAUGCAUUGACCACUCAAAGGGAGGAGCUCGAGUUGCACUGAAGAUAAUUAAAAACAUCGACCGUUAUCGAGAGGCAGCUAUGUCAGAGGUGGAGGUCCUUGAACAGAUGAACUCUCUCGACUGCGACAGACGAUAUGCCUGUGUGCGUAUGCUGGACUGGUUUGAUUACCAUGGUCAUGUGUGCAUAGCAUUUGAGCUGUUGGGUUUGAGCACAUAUGACUUUCUGAAGGAGAACAACUUCCUGCCUUUUCCGCUGGACCACAUCAGACGCAUGGCCUACCAGAUUAUCAGGGCUGUGCGAUUCCUUCACAGGAAUAAACUUACACACACAGACCUGAAGCCUGAGAACAUCCUGUUUAUCAACUCUGACUAUCACUUGGAGUACAACUCCAAAAUGAAGCGUGAUGAGAGAACACUAAAGUGCCCAGAUGUGAAGGUUGUGGAUUUUGGCAAUGCAACGUAUGACCACGAGCACCACACCUCUGUGGUGUCCACACGCCAUUACCGUGCCCCUGAAGUCAUUCUGGACCUCGGUUGGAACCAGGCAUGUGAUGUGUGGAGUCUGGGCUGCAUUUUGAUUGAGUAUUACCUGGGACUCACACUCUUUCAGACACAUGACAGUAAGGAACAUUUGGCCAUGAUGGAGAGAGUGCUGGGACCCAUACCCACACACCUCCUGCAGAAAACCAGGAAGAGACGAUAUGUGCAUCAUGACAAACUUGACUGGGAUGUGCACAGCUCUGGUGGCAGAUAUGUCAGGAAACACUGCAAACCCCUCAGAGAAUACAUGGUGGGUAAGAGUCAGGAUCAUGAGCAGCUGUUUGACCUCAUUGAGAAGAUGCUGGAAUAUGAUGUCACUAAACGAAUCAUACUGGACGAAGCCAUCAAACAUCCGUUCUUUGACAGUCUGAAGAAGAGCAAGAGGAAAUGAGACUUCACCAUCCUCUCCCUCAAACCUGUUAAUGCACACUCUCCAGGAGAGAUAGACGUCCAGUGACUGCAUCAGUCCAGCAGGGGGCAGGCUUGGUUCUGUUCCUGUUAAUAUAAUGUGACAAGAGCGUGGUGACUGGGGAGAAAAACCUUUUUUUGUGUUGUGGUUUUCAGUUUGGUCUGCCCGUAGAUAAACAUGAAAUCCAGAUUUGUGUCUCCCUAGAUUUUUGUGUACAUAUAAAAUAAUUUGUUGUAAACUUUUUGGGGUAAACAGUCUAUUGAUUGUAAAUGAAUUUUCCAUUUUUUGUUUAGUUGUAAUUUUGUCUUUUUUCCUUCAUAUGUACCCUUGUCCCCAGCAUUAUUGUAAAUCUUCAUAAAACUGUUACUUAAACCAUUUGUGAAGAAAUGUAUGAUUUGUCUACAUUUCACAAUAAAAUUCAAACAGCCCAUUUA